GUAAGUCGACGAAGACCAAAACACAAGUAAUUCCAGUUCACCAAGUGGGUGAGCUUCGUCUCAUGUUCCGAUUUCUUUUUCAGUCAGUACUUUCUCUUCUUCCCGCCUAUAUAAGCCGUGAGACCCUAACAACUCUCCGCAAAUUACUCAACUCAAUACUCUUUCCUUUUCACUUCUUAAUCUUCAUGGCUCAACCUCAGCCACAGCCUCAAAUUCAACUUCAGUCCCAUGAUCCUCCACCCUUCAACCCAUUACAGCCCUCCGUUCCGAUCUCCUAUCCGAUUAAAACCCUCAAGGACCUUGCCUCUCGCGCUUACUUUGACUCCUUUCACUACCCUUUUAACAAGUCCACUGUUUCUCUUCAGAACGCUGCGUUUGAGCUCCCUAACCGGCCCAGGAUCUUGGUUUGCCAUGAUAUGCAAGGUGGUUACGUGGACGAUAAGUGGGUCCAAGGUGGAAGUAACGCUGACGCCUACGCCAUCUGGCAUUGGUACUUGAUGGAUGUUUUUGUUUAUUUUUCACAUAAUUUGGUCACCUUGCCACCUCCUUGUUGGACUAAUACAGCUCAUAGACAUGGCGUUAAGGUACUAGGGACCUUUAUCUUGGAAUGGGAUGAAGGAAGGACUAUAGCCAAUGAAUUGCUCUCAACAAAGGAGUCUGCUCACUUGUAUGCUGAGAGAUUGGCAGAGCUUGUUUCUGCUUUAGGGUUUGAUGGGUGGCUGCUUAAUAUGGAGAUUGAAUUGGAUGUAAAGCAAAUACCUAAUAUGAAAGAAUUUAUCAGCCAUUUAACACAAACUAUGCACUCCUUAGUGCAGGGAUCUUUGGUCAUCUGGUAUGAUAGUGUUACAAUUGAUGGGGAUCUUCAAUGGCAAAAUCAACUGAAUGAAAAAAAUAAGCCUUUCUUUGAUAUCUGUGACGGCAUAUUUGUAAACUAUACAUGGGAGGAAAAUUACCCAAAGCUUUCAGCAGCUGUUGCUCGUGAUAGAAAGUAUGAUGUCUACAUGGGAAUAGAUGUAUUUGGAAGGAACACCUAUGGUGGUGGAAAAUGGAACACAAAUGUUGCACUUGAUUUGCUAAGGAAGGAUGAUGUGUCAGCUGCCAUAUUUGCUCCUGGAUGGGUCUAUGAGACUAAGCAACCACCUGAUUUUGAGACUGCCCAAAAUCGCUGGUGGUCCCUUGUUGAGAAAUCAUGGGGAAUUCUACAAAAGUAUCAGAAAGCUUUGCCAUUCUACACAAACUUUGAUCAGGGACGUGGUUUUCAUAUUUCUAUUGAGGGAAGGCAAGUAUCAAAUGCUUCUUGGAAUAACAUUUCUUCUCAAAGCUUUCAGCCUUUUCUUGGGUUUAAUGAUGAUCCAAAUUCUGAUACCGUUCAAGUCCUAGUCGACUUCAAAGAAGCAUCUUAUAGCGGAGGAGCGAACCUCACAUUUAAGGGAACUCUUGAAAGCGAUGCCCAGUUCACUGCAAGGCUUUUUGAAGGAGAGCUUCUUUCGGGGGAUUCACCUGUUCACGUCUCAUAUUCUGUGAAAUCAAAAGAAAAUUCUCUACUGGGCCUCAUUAUGGAGUUCUCUUCUCCCACAGAAGGAAGAAAGUUAGUUCCUAUUACGGCUGAGGGAACGGAUCAAUUCUUAGGCAAAUUCAGUCAUAUCAUUGUGCUUGAUCAAGUUCAAAAUGCUUCAGGAUGGUCCAUACUGGAGGGUGAGAUUGAAAUGAAUGGAUACACAAUAACGGGAAUUAGAGCUAUAUGUUACAGGCCAGAUCCUGUAGAUUUAGCUCAUGGUCCGGCACAAUAUUUUGCAAUGCUUGGUCAUGUCACGGUUAAAACUGCUGGACAGAGUUCAUACUUCCCUCCAUCUAGUUCUUGGCUUGUCAAGGGUGAAUAUAUCAAGUGGACUUCAGGUUCUGAGGGUUCCAAAAUUCUGAGUAUCAAGAUCAGUUGGGGAUUAUUGGUGAGAAUAUUCUUGCACUUCCCAAAGUAUAAUGUCUAUGUCGAGAAACUAGCAGGGAAAACUUUUCUAAAUCGAAGUGGAAGACAAGAAACGACGUACGAGUAUCUCGGGGCUGCAUACGUGCAAGCCUUUUAUGUUUCUAACCUUACCGUUCCUUCUGGAGUCGACAGUCUUAAGUUCAUUAUUCAAGCAUGUGAUGACACCGGAUCGAUCCAGAAGCUGGAUGAUUCUCCAUUUUUUCAGCUUGAUGUUUGAUUAGUACUAAGGCUAAUGCAAUGCUUCCGUUGCAUACGUACUAUUUGUCCCUGACAAGGUUUGACUGAUAUUUGCUUGUGUUUACCAACUAUUAUAUCAUAAAAAUAAAUUUUACCAUGAAUAAAUUUCUCUUUGCAAAA